AUGGAUUUUAUAACAACAAGCGGCAACGGCAGCAACGCGACCGGCGGCUACCCUGACGGGGCUGACGUGGUUGGCGACUGGGACAGAAGAAGUGAGAAUGGCACGGGCUCUGGGUCUCCGUCAGAGGUGAAGCUGAGUUACCAGAUUAUCACCUCUCUGUUCUUGGGGGCCCUCAUCCUCUGCUCCAUAUUUGGCAAUGCGUGCGUCGUGGCAGCCAUCGCCCUGGAGAGAUCUCUCCAGAAUGUGGCUAACUAUCUGAUUGGAUCUCUGGCCGUGACAGACCUCAUGGUAUCGGUGUUGGUUCUGCCAAUGGCGGCCCUCUACCAGGUUUUGAACAAGUGGACACUGGGGCAGGAGAUAUGUGACUUAUUCAUCUCUCUGGAUGUACUGUGUUGCACAUCAUCCAUCCUGCAUCUGUGCGCAAUUGCCUUGGACAGGUACUGGGCCAUAACAGACCCAAUUGACUAUGUAAAUAAACGGACACCAAGGCGAGCUGCAAUCUUGAUAAGCGUGACUUGGCUAAUCGGUUUCUCCAUCUCUAUUCCGCCUAUGUUAGGCUGGAGAAGCGCCGAAGACAGGGCAGACCCCGACGCAUGCAUCAUCAGCCAGGACCCGGGCUACACCAUCUACUCCACAUUUGGGGCUUUUUACAUCCCUCUCAUCCUCAUGCUGGUCCUGUACGGGCGAAUAUUCAAGGCUGCUCGGUUUCGGAUUCGAAAGACAGUGAAGAAACCCGAGAAAACAAAAGUGUCCGACAAGUGCUUGGCUGUGUCUCCGGCCAUCUUCCACAAGAAGACCAACGGGGAGGCCGGGGGCAAAGGCUGGAAGCCCAGCUCUCCGUGCGUAAACGGCGCGGUGAAGCACGGAGAGGAGGGAGAGUCACUUGAGAUCAUAGAAGUUAUCAGCAACUCAAAAACGCACCUGCCUCUGCCCAACACGCCCCAGUCCUCAUCGCAGGGCUACGAACACAUGAAUGAAAAGAACUCCGGGGCAAAGAGAAAGAUAGCGCUGGCGAGGGAACGUAAAACGGUGAAAACGCUGGGGAUCAUCAUGGGGACUUUCAUCUUCUGCUGGCUGCCCUUUUUCAUCGUCGCACUCGUGCUGCCUUUCUGUGCAGAGAGCUGCUACAUGCCCGACUGGCUGGGCGCAGUCAUAAACUGGCUGGGCUACUCCAACUCUCUCCUCAACCCCAUCAUAUAUGCCUACUUCAACAAAGACUUCCAAAGUGCUUUCAAGAAGAUCAUUAGAUGCAAAUUCCACAGACCAUAA